UAUAAAGUCAACAUUGAACGAAGCGCCGGGAUCCCAUCGCCCAUCUCGUCGUUGAUUCCGAUAAAUCUCUUGGUGAUUCUCGUGCACGAAUUAUAUGGUAAAAUGCUGAAACUUGCGUCGAGAUUCGCUCGAGGAAAUCGAGGAGUGAGCACCUGGACACCCCUCGCCACGGCCUUCAAUGCGCGACCCUCCGGAAGGUUCGACUUUAGCUUCGGCCGCAAGGAAACCGGACUAUUUGAAAUACCAGAACUCCAAAAUGCAAGUGGAUUCCAGGAACUUGAGAGUGCAGCGAUUUCACACACAGAUGAACUAGUCAACGAAGCAAUCAAUAGUGGAGGAAAGCGCACAAGAAAAAUGGUUGAAAUCUUUGAUGAAUUAUCAGACACACUAUGCAAAGUGGCAGAUAUGGCAGAGUUUGUCAGGGUAGCUCAUCCAGAUAGUAAUUUUGCUCAAGCUGCAGAAAAUGCUUGCAUUACCAUAAGUGGAAUUGUAGAAAAAUUGAACACUAACCGUCAGUUAUACGAUGCCUUGUCCUGUGUUGCCAAAAAUGGAGACAUACUCAAGACAACUGAAACUGACAAUCACGUCGCAAAGCUUUUCCUUUUUGAUUUUGAGCAAUGUGGAAUACAUUUGCCUGAAGAACAAAGGCGUCAAGUUGUUGACCUUAAUGACAAAAUUCUUCAGUGUGGUCAAAAAUUUAUGGCUGGUGCUGUUGAGCCUCGUGUUAUAAAUAUGAGUUCAUUACCAGAGAGAAUCCUACAAUAUUUCAAUAACAACGGAGAAAACAUAGUUGUCAGCGGUAUCAACACCGAAUCCGGCGACUCUCUGGUGCGGGAAGCUGGUUACAAGAUAUUCCUGUACCCUGAACCCAAUCAGGAAAAGUUGCUGCAGGACCUGCUGAACGCCAGACACGAUCUGGCUCAGAUCUGUGGGUUUCCUACCUACGCUCAUAGAGCCGUUCGCGGAAGCACAGUCGAGAAGCCCGAAGUAGUCUACAGUUUUCUCAACUUAAUGAGCAAUGAAUUGCAACACAGAGCAGCAAACGAUUUUAAAUUAUUGCAAAAAAUCAAGGAUUCAGAAUCAUCGACAAAGCAGCCAGUAAUGCCCUGGGAUACGGCAUACCUCUGUACCAAAGCACGCACAGCCUGGCUAGGUGCCUCGAAUGAGGACUACGCACCGUACUUUUCGUUAGGCGCCUGUAUGGAAGGCUUGAACCUGCUGACGCAGGCACUGUAUGGCGUCCGAUUAGAACACCAGCCAACCUUGGCUGGUGAAGUUUGGGCUAAUGACGUGCAGAAACUCGCCGUAAUCGAUGAAGACGAGAAGCCCCUUGGUUAUAUCUACUGCGACUUCUUUGAUAGAAAGAACAAACCCAAUCAGGAUUGCCACUUUACUAUAAGAGGCGGAAGAGAACUUGCUGAUGGAUCAUAUCAGAAUCCAGUGGUCGUUCUCAUGCUCUCGUUGCCAUCUCCAAGAAGGUCUGCGCCCAGCCUAUUGAGUCCUUCAUUAGCCGAGAAUCUCUUUCACGAAAUGGGCCACGCGCUGCACUCUAUGCUCGGCAGGACCAAGUAUCAGCACGUCACGGGAACUCGGUGCAGCACUGACUUUGCCGAGGUUCCAAGUAUCCUCAUGGAAUACUUUUGCAGCGAUCCAAGAAUACUUUCACUGUUCGCGAAACACUAUGAGACUGGCGAGAAAAUUCCAGAAAAGAUGCUGCAUAAAAUCUGCGCAUCCAAGAACCUAUUUCCAGCAUCCGAGAUGCAGAGCCAGGUGUUCUACAGUAUGCUUGAUCAGGUCUAUCAUAGCGGUAAGGUAGCCGGAUCAACGACUGAUAUUUUAGCGGAUAUUCAGAAUAAGUAUUAUGGACUACCCUAUGUUCCGAAUACCGCCUGGCAGCUGAGAUUUUCACACUUAGUGGGUUACGGCGCCAAAUACUAUUCAUAUCUCGCAUCCCGAGCGAUUGCAUCUUGGAUUUGGCAAACCUACUUUGAAGCUGACCCUCUGAGUCGUAGCUCGGGUGAACGUUACAGGCGCGAAUGCCUCGAACACGGAGGUGGUAAGCCGCCAUCGCGACUCGUCGCUGAUUUUCUGCACCAAGAAGCCAGUCCCGAGAACUUCACUAGGUCAGUUAUCAACGAAAUUGACGCCAAAGCGGAAAAACUCGGGUCAGUCAAUGCAGCGUGAAUUGAAGAAUGUAUUUUGUGACUGCGUGUCGUUUAAAAAAUGAUUUGGGAUAAAAGUUGCGAGUUUUCGAAUUGUUUUAGACUUUUAUAACCAAGAUAAACAGUGUUUUACAAAUGAAAUUUAAAUGUGACAAAUGAUUUAUUUCUCACUUGUAUAUUUUCUUGACUCGAGUAGUGAAAAUGUAAAUAACUGGAAAUAAGUAAGAUAACUUUUUAUAUAAAAUAACUUUUGAUUGUGUUAUGAUAAAUCAUCAUGUAGAUAGAUAUUUUACUAUGUUGUAUGCAAAACCGUAUGCAUAUGUAGUGUAAAAGUUGUACGCAAUAUUAUGCGUACGUAAAUGAAACUUUAACAUGAAGUUAUUUUCUGCUAUAGAACUGCUAAUAAUUAUUCCGCGUGACCAUUUUACGUGAAAUUCAUUUCGUAUAUAAAUUAAUUAAAAUAAAAAAGAACUUUACUAAAAUUCAACGCCAUAAUAUAAGUCUCAAAAGUAUAGAGACAAAAAUUACACUAACGAAACUAAAUAACAAAAUCGCUGGAUUUGUAUAGCUCAAAUUAAACUUGACAAUGAGUGACGUAAACAAGUCGAAAAGAUGAUAAAAUUACAACCUUCAUCCAAGGGAUACCUGUAAAUUUUUCAUUGCAUGACAUAAUUCUAGAGCAUUAUUGUACAUAAAAAAUAUACAUUUCAAGUUAGAAUGCACUUGGCAGUUAAAAUUGAUUUCUUGAUAACUUGUAUAUUAUUGAUCUUUUAUAUUCUUAAAAAAA